AUGGUGUGCGUCAGUGAGGCCAGAGUUGGACACAAGCCCCAGGAUAUGCUCGUUAAAGAUUUGUCAUGUAGGUACCUCUACAGACAAGAGCUCAAGUGUCAGUGGACAAUGCCAAGGAACAACAUUCAAACUGAUGUCGACUUUUAUACAUAUAAUGAACCCAUUUUCGGGUUUGAAAAGCAUUGUCCACUGCGAGAUGAGCAUGUGGAUGAAGAUAACGGCAAGACAAUUCAGUCCUGCACUUGGAACAAGCGGACAACUGAGCGAGCCUUCUACAGCCAAAAGUACCACUUUGAGCUAAGCAUGACCAAUGCUCUGGGGGCUCAGCAACAGUUCUUUAGCUUCAACCUGAGCUCUAUCGUUCAGCUGGACGCGCCUCCCAACUUUACUUUCAACGGCGAGCUCAGCACCUUGGCCUGGGACUAUCCCAAUCUCCUCGACAAAGAUAUAUCCUUAUUCCCCCUGUUAACGUUCAAAGUGCUGGUCACUGAAAUGUGCGACCAUUCUGACGCCUGCCUAGACAAUAAGCCUAAGGUGUACAUGUUGGAGAACACCAGGAAAAGCCUGAAACUUGACCUGAAGCCUUAUACGCUGUACAAUUUCAGCAUCUCAUGCAAAGUGGACGACGAUUCAAAUGAGUACUGGAGCAGAUUUUCUCAUUUGAACAAUAUUCGAACCAAAGGAGCUGCUCCCCAGUCACCGCCCCGACUAAUUAGUCAGGCCUUUGAAACCUCAAGUACAAAAUCUCGAAGUGCCACCAUUUACUGGCAACCACUACCCAGUUACUUGAAGAAUAGUCCCAGUGUAACAUAUCUGGUCAGCCAAUUGGACAGCAAACACCAAGUACAAAGCAACCGAACAACUCCUUAUACGAACCUCACCUUUGACUCUCUCGACUCAACCUUAUACGAAUUUCGAAUUUAUUCACAUAAUUCGUUUGGAGUUUCCCGCGAGUACUCCAGCAUUAUCUUGCCUCAGUCUAGUGACAUUUUGCAGCCGCCUAACAAAAUUGCCGUUAUUGCUCUAAGCAGCUCCGAUUACGAAAUGGAAUGGGAAAAGUCUGAUUCCAAACUACUGCAAAAUUAUACCGUAUUCUGGUGUGUCGCCAAGAAUGACCACUGUGUGGAGGGCAUUCACUGGAAGUUUCUUCAAAGCAACAAUUUCACCUUGAGUUUGCCUCCAAACAACUACAAGUUCGGUGUUUCCCUAAAUACUCAGCACUCCACAUCGGGCAUAUACUGGACACAUUGCGUUGUCAAUCCAAAGACGAAAAUUGACAAGCUGCGAACAGUGCAUCCCUUCACUCAUGGUGCCAAUAGCAUUCUAAUCAAGUGGGAUUUUCUUUGUGAUGCUCAAAAGAGACUAGUUCCUGACAUGCGAAUUGAGUUCUGUCCAAAGGAUGACUGUACGCCGGAUAAUACUCGCAUCUUGAAGGUGGAAGAUUUGAGCACUAACCAGUUCAUGGUGAAUGACCUUUCGCCCAACGUCACAUACUCAUUUCUCAUCUCUUCUGCUAAUAUUGCCGAGGCAAGUCACAUUGUCGGCACGACGGAUAACGGCGUUCCACCACCUCCAUUUAAUGUGAGAAUACUCGAGCGAACCAAUAACAGGUCCAUCAUCGAGUGGAACUUCGUUCCCAAUGUGGUGGACCACUUUCGCGUGAAGGCGCCCUUUUUGCUUCAAGACGUUAUCGAGCCUGAAGAGGGCUGCAAAACGACUGAACAGUGCAACACUAUGCUGGAAUUCUCAAAGCCUCUUGCUCCAUUUGUCAAUUAUUCCAUUGCCGUCUCUGCUUGCAACACAAAAGACGAUUGCUCAAACUCUAGCCAGGUCUAUUUCCAGACGGCCCCUUCACGGCCUGGCAAAAUGCUCGUUCCAAACAUGGAAAAGAUUAACUCAACACACUAUCGUGUCUACCUACGCAAACCACUGGAACCGAAUGGUCCGAUUGACUUUUACUACAUUCUCACUAAAAACAAAGACCUGAAACGGUACAACGCGAGUGAGCCCUUUGUUGACCUGCCUCUCGAGUGCGACAAAGCAGAGCAGGUGUUCAACUUCAAAAUUGUCGCAUCCAACUUGGUGAACGGGGAAGAGCUGAAGGGUGAGCCCGCUGACACCCGCAUUGAGUUCUGCAAACAAUAUACAGGCGGGCUGCUUGCCUUGUUCGUUAUCGUCGGCAUCCUGCUAUUUAUUCUCAUGAUCAUUAUCAUCUACUACGUGGCCAAGUCUAUGAACAAUUUAAAGCUAAAGAAAAAGGGCUUUCAACUCAAUAUACAGUGCAAUCAGCGGGAGACAGACUUGGACUUUGAACGGGGCGAAAAGGACAGCUUGGUACAGCCUGAAGAGAGCGAACUUAACAACGUGAUCAUCACGGAGAGACGGAAAAUCAGUUCCAGUGUCACAAAUGCCAGCAUGACUUCGGACUCCUCAAUUGCCGAAAAUAGUCAUUCGAGCGAUAAAAUACCGUCAUCCUCAUCGGACAACUGCUACAAUUCAGACUCUACGGCCAACUACAGUGACGUCAACUAUCGUGAAAAUCACGAGUACUUUUUAAAUCCAAUGGACGAAAGUUACCGGCCACUGAUGGCGGUUUCAUCUGAAGUGGAUGCGGACACUGCAGCAGCCGCCGAGCCUGCUUUGUCCAGCAGCGCCUGUCCGCCCUUGGACAUGGACAAGGCCA